AUGGCGUCUAAGUUCCGUCGCCAGCAGCAGCGGAAACGAUGGUCCGACGCGGGAACUGCAUUCCCGCAAACCUACGUUUCGCGAGCCACAGCUCUUUCGCAUGGAGAAGUGCCGGACGAGCCGGAGCUUUUUAACAGAUUGUAUUCGCUACAGGCUGACUCGCUUAGAAAUCCCAGCGGGGUAGCAUUGCGACGAGAUCCAGAGGAAGUUCCUCCGAGUGCCAUACCGGGAUCGGCGGAGCUAAGGCGGUUCGGCAGCGCGCUGCUGCAGCUGACCAGGUUCAGAUCGACAUUCGCCGAGAUUCCGCAUAUCAAGGAGCUCUCAGAUUCGCUAGAUGCUUUGUUCAUUCGCUGGCGCGAUUCGAUUAGUGGCGUCGCGACUGGUUCCGCCAGCAGUGACGGCUCAGCAGAGGAGCGGGAGCUCGUAGCAGGUAAGCGUGCGACGAGCAGUGCGGGGGAUAGCGAGGCUGAGAGGGGGUUUGGAAACGGAGGAGUGAGGAGGGGACGCUGGGAGGCGGAUGGGGGCAGUGUUGAAAGGAAAGCGAGGGCGAUAGUGGAGAGUGUUAUUGCGUUGUGCUGUAACGAGUACGGCGUGGGUGGCUCCAAGAGGCGGCAGUUCGCUGCAGCUGCAGCAGGGGCCUCCAUCACUGCCGCCCACCACUCGUGCCAUCCGCCCCAUCCAUGGUCGUCCCCGUUCCCUUCCUUCCAGGCUCCAUUUGACAGCUCAGCUCGCCUCGUGGCACGACAGCUGGCACAAGUGCUGAGUGCAGACGUGGCAGCAUUGGUGGACCACAUGCAGCCACGUGGCAGCAGUGGGGACAAGUUGCUAAUGGGGAGCAGGAGCAGCACAUGCGGCGAUAAUGAGGGGGUCCCUGAUGCUGCUGGCAUGGCUGAAGUCGGGCAAACAGCUGCCGAAGAAGUCUCGAAAGCAGGUUUGGGAGCAGGUUCGAGAGCAGGUUCGGGAGCAGCGUCGGAAGGGGGGGGGCACGUGGUACCAGCAACGAUGGAGCUGUGUCAGGAGGCGCUGUCCACGCUCUACUACCUGCUGCAGCGCUACCCCCACCAGUUUGCCUCGCGCCCCUCCAGCACCCAAGGGCAAGGCGAGCUGAGAAGUCAAGGCGGCGAGAGGAAUGGGAGCGUUGAGAGCAGUGAGAGCAGUGAGAGCAGUGAGAGCAGUGAGAGCAGUGAGAGCAGUGAGAGCAGUGAGAGCAGUGAGAGCAGUGAGAGCAGUGAGAGCAACGGUAGUGUUGAGGGCAAGGGCGUGUGUGAGGAGCUGCUGUCAGUGCACAGCGCUGUGGUGAGAGUGCUACAAACGGGGGUGCUUUCCAGAGACGCCACGGUAGCUGCAGCUGUAGCUCUCUGCGCCCUGCUGCCUCUCGUCCAAUCAGAGGCGACCCCUUGUGCAGCAGCAGGGGGAGACAAUGGCGAGCAGGAGGAGGAGGAGCGGAAGGAAGGGCGGUUGGCGGUGGCUCUAGCACGCUCAUUCUUUGCCUCCCCUGCCUCCCCUGCUGUGCUAUCAACAGCUACUGCUGCGAGUGCCACGCCUGCUGAGUCUGCAGCGCCAGCAGCAGGCAUAGCAGCGGCUGCAGGCGAGUUUGUCGCCCCUUUGACCAUAGUGGAUGCGCUUAAAACGAGGCAGGGGCAUGCAGCAGCAGGGCAGGCGCGUGCGUGGUUGGUGGACAUGGGGCGGUUUCCUCUGUUCAGCCAGCUGUGCUGCAUUCGAGGCAUGCUCACUGCCGUUCCCCGACAAGCCCUCACUCACCUCCUGCUGCUGCCCAUGCCCGUGCGCACACAACCACAUGAAGCAGCGCGUGCAGAGGCACAAGACGCAGCAAGUGAAGCAGCAUCAGCAGGUGCAGCAGGUGCAGCAGCAGCAGGGGAGGCACCAACUCCCCAGGCGGUGGAGGUGCGCUGCUGGUCGCUGCUCUUUCAUGGGCUGCUGCCUCGCGUCCUCUCCUUCUGUGAAGCUUCCUCCGACGCGCACACCAAGUUCCAUGCGCUCACCGCCCUGCAGAUAUGCCUCCACCAGAUCAAGACAAGCCUGCUGGACGGCACCUGCGCCGCCUCCCGUCAACUGUUCACCCGCCAGGUGGCUCGGAUUCGCGCCACAUGGCGGGCAGGGAUUGGCGGAGAGGAGUCAUCAUCAUCAUCAUCAUCAGCAGCAGCAGCAGCAGCAGUGAAAGGAGGUCAGGAGGCUGAUAGAUUUCCUCUUAGCCUAUUGGUGGAAAGGUUGAUGCAGGACGGCGGCGUGGCAGCGUAUGAGGAGAUGCCACGUGGCAGUGUGGAUAGGAUCCUGGGAGCAGUGUGGGGCCACUGGGAGGACCCGCUGACUCAGACGGCCAGGCAGGCCCACGUGGCACUGGACCUGCUGCUGGACGUGGUGGAGUGCCUGGAGAAAGGGGGCGCUGGGGUUAUGGAGGAAGAGGAUUUAAGGGGAAAAGAUGCUCCUGGUUUGGUAGGAGAUGGUGUGAAAGAUGAGGGGGAGGAGUGGGUUAGAGAGGAAGUGGAAGAAGAGGAGGAGGAUGUGGUGGAGGGGCUGGGGUUGAUGAUGGAGGAAGAGCAGGGAGGAGGGGCAGAGGAGGGGCGAGAGCAGGAGGCGAAUGGGAUGGCAGAGGCAGAGGCGAGCCUGGUUGCUGCACCAGGAGGGGUGGCAGCAGUGGCAACCCUUUCGGACGCAGUGGCAGGGGAAGCGACGGACCAGAAGGUUGGUUCUGGGGCUGGUGCGACUGGCGUGGGCGGCGAGUUUCGGCGGUUUGCGGAGCAGCUGGCUGGGGAGGUGCUGGCAACGGGGGCGCACAGGAAGGGGCGGUACGUUCCCCUGGCGUCCCUUGCCCUGCGCCUGGGCGCUGCCCGGCUGCUGCGCAUGAGCAAAGAGGGGCGCUCAGGGGGUGAGGCGGGAGAGACGAGUGAGGGGCGUGAGGGGGAUGAGAGGGAGGGAGCGGCGGCGGGUAUGGACGGAGCAGCAGGGGGCGUGCGGUUCCCAGUGGGAGUGUUGGGCGACGCUCUGGCAGCCAUGGGCGAUGAGGGCGUGUGCUGUGCUGUCGCCUCCUUCCUCUCCCCCUUCCUCUCCCGCCUCCGUGAGGAGUGUUGGGCCGGCACAGCAGGCACAGCGGGCAAAGCAGGCAUGGGAGAGGGACGGGAGGGGCGGGAGGGCGGAGGGGAGGGGGGAGGCGACGUGGCGUGGCGGAGGGUGUGGAUGCCGGCAGUGCUGUGCGGGCUGGUGGCGGGCCCAUCACUGCAUCGCACCAACGUGGCCACGUACGCCCUCCCCGUGCUGCUCUCCCUCGACCCCCCCUCGCUCUCGCCCCUCCUCUCCUUCCUCACCACCCUGCCACGAGGCAGCAAAGGAGGAACGGGAAUUGGGGAUAGGGAGAGCAGCGCAAUGGCUGUGUGGGAGCAGUGGCCGGAGCUGGCGAACGCGAGGGGAGGGCCGCACGGGGAGUACCCGUGGGGGGCGAGUGUGGACGCGCGUGUGGGCGCGGUGGUGGCGCUGCUGCGCAUGGGGCGUGGCAUGGGCGUGCUGGAUGGGCCCCUGGAGGCCGCUGGUAGGGGGGUGGGUGCUAGCAGGGGCGUGAGGGCACGGAGGGUGGGAGACGGGGAUGAGGAGGAGGUGGAGGAGAGUGGGGAUGGUGAGACAGGGAGGAGGGAUGGGGAGGAGGUGGCGAGGAGGGAUUGGUCCGGCGGACCGCAGACCGUGCUGACGUGGAUGCUGGAGCGGGCGACGUGGCACGCUGACGAGGCGGUGCGGGUGGACGUGGCAGAGCUGCUGUGCAUCUCGUUCCGCACCACGGCCAUGCCGUCCCGCCCCGAGCUGCACCUGCUGGGGCUCGCCUUCCCCCUCAACCUGCGCUGCUCCUCGCCCAACCUGCGCAUGCGCUGGUGCUCCAUCGUGCGCCGCUUCUUCUCCCGCGUGCGCGCCGCCGUGGAGCGGCAAGAGAGGAUUGCUGCUGUCACCCGGCGCCAGAGAACGGCCACGCGGGGGGAAGGUGAAGCAGGGAAAGGAGGCGAUGCUGGGGGAGGAGGUGAGGAGCAGGAGGCGGGGGAAGAAGAGGGGGAGGAAGAGGGGGAGGAAGAGGGGGAGAGGGAGGAGGGGGCGAGCGUGGGCGAGGUGCAGGCGUUCAUGCAGUGGCUGACGGCGCUGCUCUUCUCAUCGCUGUACCCCUCAGCACCGUACGAGCGCAAGAGCAUGGCCCUCGACACACUCUCCGCCCUCAUGGACGUGUGGAGCCCUCACGACUUCCUCCCCCCUCACACUGCCUCUACACAACCCGCGUCCGCCCUGCACACCACCCCACAGCUCCCAACCUUCUCCCCCUACCCACCUGGUGCGCUGGCCCCCGGCAGCACGCACCUGCUGCUGGCGGAAGCAGUGGACAGCUGGGACCGGCUGAGGGAGGCGGCGCUGGGAGUGCUGCUCAAGUACCCUGCUCCGCUGCCGGGGCUGGAGAGCGCAGGGCAGGUGGCGGAGGUGGUGGAGUGGGCGUGUGGGCUCGUGAUGAGCCCAAGGGUCAGGGAGAGCGAUGCGGGCGCGCUCGUGCUGAAGCUGGUGUUUAAGAAGUAUGUUGUGGGACUGGGGUGGCAAGUGAGGGUGUUUCCUGCUGUUACUGUCACAUCUCCUCCUUCUGCUGCUUCUCCUGCUGCCCCUACUCCUGCUGGUGCUGCUUCUGGUGGCUGUGCUAUUGAGUCUAGCAGCAGCAGCGGGGGGCAAGGGGCAGUGGUGGAGUACUUGCACUCGCUGAGCGAGUGGCUAGCAGCAUUGGUGGAGGAGGGCGAGCGGGACAUGAUAGGCGCGUGCCGCCACAGCCUCGUGCACGGCGUGCUGCUGCUGCUCCGAUACACGUUUGAAGAGGUCGACUGGACCGAACCAUCCGUGCAUCAUGCAGCUGAUGAUGAUGUUCAUGGUGGUGAUGGUGGUGAUGCUGGCGUAGCGGCGGGCAUGAGGGGGGUGCUGCGGAGGGUGCUGGCGCUGGUGCUGCGGGUGACGGGGCUGGCGCUGUGGGUGGUGGCCGCGGAUGGGUUGCGUGUGGACGUGGGGGAGGGGGGCAGACUGCGCGUGAGGGACAAGGAUGCACGGGGAGGGACCACUGUGGCGUGCAGUGAGGGGCGAGAGGGUGACGAGGAAGAGGAGGAAGAAGGUGAAGAUGGGGAGGCAGAAGGCAGUGAUGCCGAUGGUGGUAUCGGUGAUUACGGUGCUGGUGCUGAUGAGGAUGAUGAAAUGGGAGCGGAGGUGGGCGAUGGCAGUGGGCAGCAGCUGGCCCCGGUGGAGCAGAUGGUGAUGGUGGCGUGCUGGCUGUCCAUGAAGGAGGUCUCCCUGCUCCUCGGCACCCUCGCCCGCUCCGUGCCGCUGCAGGCCCAUGCGGGGCCAGGCGAGCUGGACGUGGAUGGGGAGGAGGGAGGGCGGGAGACGGGGAGGAGGGGAGAGGGAGGGGAGGUGGAGGGUGGGGGGGAACUGCUGGAUGCUGCGCAGCUCAAGGUAUGUGCUCGCCUGCACCUGGAAUGGAGUGUAUGCUCUUGCAGUGUAUGUGCUUGCAGUGCAUGUGCUUGCAGUGCAUUGCAUGUGCUUGCAGUGCAUGUGCUUGCAUUGCAUGUGCUUGCAAUGCAUGUGCUUGCAGUGUAUGCGCUUGCGGUGCAGCAGCGUGCUAGCAACGCAGCUGGGCGUGCUAGCAACGCAGCAGAGCGUGCUAGCAACGCAGCAGAGCGUGCUAGCAACGCAGCUGAGCGUGCUAGCAACGCAGCAGAGCGUGCUAGCAACGCAGCAGAGCGUGCUAGCAACGCAGCAGAGCGUGCUAGCAACGCAGCAGAGCGUGCUAGCAACGCAGCAGAGCGUGCUAGCAACGCAGCAGAGCGUGCUAGCAACGCAGCAGAGCGUGCUAGCAACGCAGCAGAGCGUGCUAGCAACGCAGCAGAGCGUGCUAGCAACGCAGCAGAGCGUGCUAGCAACGCAGCAGAGCGUGCUAGCAACGCAGCAGAGCGUGCUAGCAACGCAGCUGAGCGUGCUAGCAACGCAGCAGAGCGUGCUAGCAUCGCAGCAGAGCGUGCUAGCAUCGCAGCAGAGCGUGCUAGCAACGCAGCAGAGCGUGCUAGCAACGCAGCAGAGCGUGCUAGCAACGCAGCAGAGCGUGCUAGCAACGCAGCAGAGCGUGCUAGCAACGCAGCAGAGCGUGCUAGCAACGCAGCAGAGCAUGGUAGCAACGCAGCUGAGCGUGCUAGCAACGCAGCAGAGCGUGCUAGCAACGCAGCAGAGCGUGCUAGCAACGCAGCAGAGCGUGCUAGCAACGCAGCAGAGCGUGCUAGCAACGCAGCAGAGCGUGCUAGCAACGCAGCUGAGCGUGCUAGCAACGCAGCAGAGCGUGCUAGCAACGCAGCAGAGCGUGCUAGCAACGCAGCAGAGCGUGCUAGCAACGCAGCAGAGCGUGCUAGCAACGCAGCAGAGCGUGCUAGCAACGCAGCAGAGCGUGCUAGCACCGCAGCAGACCGUGCUAGCAACGCAGCAGACCAUGCUAGCAACGCAGCAGAGCGUGCUAGCAACGCAGCAGAGCGUGCUAGCAACGCAGCUGAGCGUGCUAGCAACGCAGCAGAGCGUGCUAGCAACGCAGCAGAGCGUGCUAGCAACGCAGCAGAGCGUGCUAGCAACGCAGCAGAGCGUGCUAGCAACGCAGCUGAGCGUGCUAGCAACGCAGCAGAGCGUGCUAGCAACGCAGCAGAGCCUGCUAGCAACGCAGCAACGCAGCAGAGCGUGCUAGCAACGCAGCUGAGCGUGCUAGCAACGCAGCUGAGCGUGCUAGCAACGCAGCUGAGCCGUGCUAGCAACGCAGCUGAGCGUGCUAGCAACGCAGCAGAGCGUGCUAGCAACGCAGCAGAGCGUGCUAGCAACGCAGCAGAGCGUGCUAGCAACGCAGCAGAGCGUGCUAGCAACGCAGCUGAGCGUGCUAGCAACGCAGCAGAGCGUGCUAGCAACGCAGCAGAGCGUGCUAGCAACGCAGCAGAGCGUGCUAGCAACGCAGCAGAGCGUGCUAGCAACGCAGCUGAGCGUGCUAGCAACGCAGCAGAGCGUGCUAGCAACGCAGCAGGGGGUGCUAGCAACGCAGCUGAGCGUGCUAGCAACGCAGCUGAGCGUGCUAGCAACGCAGCUGAGCGUGCUAGCAACGCAGCUGGGCGUGCUAGCAACGCAGCUGAGCGUGCUAGCAACGCAGCUGAGCGUGCUAGCAACGCAGCUGAGCGUGCUAGCAACGCAGCAGAGCGUGCUAGCAACGCAGCUGAGCGUGCUAGCAACGCAGCAGAGCGUGCUAGCAACGCAGCUGAGCGUGCUAGCAACGCAGCUGAGCGUGCUAGCAACGCAGCUGGGCGUGCUAGCAACGCAGCAGAGCGUGCUAGCAACGCAGCAGAGCGUGCUAGCAACGCAGCUGAGCGUGCUAGCAACGCAGCAGAGCAUGGUAGCAACGCAGCUGAGCGUGCUAGCAACGCAGCAGAGCGUGCUAGCAACGCAGCAGAGCGUGCUAGCAACGCAGCAGAGCGUGCUAGCAACGCAGCAGAGCGUGCUAGCAACGCAGCAGAGCGUGCUAGCAACGCAGCUGAGCGUGCUAGCAACGCAGCAGAGCGUGCUAGCAACGCAGCAGAGCGUGCUAGCAACGCAGCAGAGCGUGCUAGCAACGCAGCAGAGCGUGCUAGCAACGCAGCAGAGCGUGCUAGCAACGCAGCAGAGCGUGCUAGCACCGCAGCAGACCGUGCUAGCAACGCAGCAGACCAUGCUAGCAACGCAGCAGAGCGUGCUAGCAACGCAGCAGAGCGUGCUAGCAACGCAGCUGAGCGUGCUAGCAACGCAGCAGAGCGUGCUAGCAACGCAGCAGAGCGUGCUAGCAACGCAGCAGAGCGUGCUAGCAACGCAGCAGAGCGUGCUAGCAACGCAGCAGAGCGUGCUAGCAACGCAGCAGAGCGUGCUAGCAUCGCAGCAGAGCGUGCUAGCAUCGCAGCAGAGCGUGCUAGCAACGCAGCAGAGCGUGCUAGCAACGCAGCAGAGCGUGCUAGCAACGCAGCAGAGCGUGCUAGCAACGCAGCAGAGCGUGCUAGCAACGCAGCAGAGCGUGCUAGCAACGCAGCAGAGCAUGGUAGCAACGCAGCUGAGCGUGCUAGCAACGCAGCAGAGCGUGCUAGCAACGCAGCAGAGCGUGCUAGCAACGCAGCAGAGCGUGCUAGCAACGCAGCAGAGCGUGCUAGCAACGCAGCAGAGGGUGCUGGCAACGCAGCAGAGGGUGCUGGCAACGCAGCAGAGCGUGCUAGCAACGCAGCAGAGCGUGCUAGCAACGCAGCAGAGCGUGCUAGCAACGCAGCAGAGCGUGCUAGCGACGCAGCAGAGCGUGCUAGCGACGCAGCAGAGCGUGCUAGCGACGCAGCAGAGCGUGCUAGCGACGCAGCAGAGCGUGCUAGCGACGCAGCAGAGCGUGCUAGCAACGCAGCAGAGCGUGCUAGCAACGCAGCAGAGCGUGCUAGCAACGCAGCUGGGCGUGCUAGCAACGCAGCUGAGCGUGCUAGCAACGCAGCUGAGCGUGCUAGCAACGCAGCUGAGCGUGCUAGCAACGCAGCUGGGCGUGCUAGCAACGCAGCUGGGCGUGCUAGCAACGCAGCAGAGCGUGCUAGCAACGCAGCAGAGCGUGCUAGCAACGCAGCUGAGCGUGCUAGCAACGCAGCUGAGCGUGCUAGCAACGCAGCUGAGCGUGCUAGCAACGCAGCUGAGCGUGCUAGCAACGCAGCUGAGCAGCGUGCUAGCAACGCAGCAGAGCGUGCUAGCAACGCAGCAGAGCGUGCUAGCAACGCAGCAGAGCGUGCUAGCAACGCAGCAGAGCGUGCUAGCAACGCAGCAGAGCGUGCUAGCAACGCAGCAGAGCGUGCUAGCAACGCAGCUGAGCGUGCUAGCAACGCAGCAGAGCGUGCUAGCAACGCAGCAGAGCGUGCUAGCAACGCAGCAGAGCGUGCUAGCAACGCAGCUGAGCGUGCUAGCAACGCAGCAGGGGGUGCUAGCAACGCAGCAGGGGGUGCUAGCAACGCAGCUGAGCGUGCUAGCAACGCAGCUGAGCGUGCUAGCAACGCAGCUGAGCGUGCUAGCAACGCAGCUGGGCGUGCUAGCAACGCAGCUGGGCGUGCUAGCAACGCAGCUGAGCGUGCUAGCAACGCAGCUGAGCGUGCUAGCAACGCAGCUGAGCGUGCUAGCAACGCAGCAGAGCGUGCUAGCAACGCAGCUGGGCGUGCUAGCAACGCAGCUGGGCGUGCUAGCAACGCAGCUGAGCGUGCUAGCAACGCAGCAGAGCGUGCUAGCAACGCAGCAGAGCGUGCUAGCAACGCAGCAGAGCGUGCUAGCAACGCAGCAGAGCGUGCUAGCAACGCAGCAGAGCGUGCUAGCAACGCAGCUGAGCGUGCUAGCAACGCAGCUGAGCGUGCUAGCAACGCAGCAGAGCGUGCUAGCAACGCAGCAGAGCAGCGUGCUAGCAACGCAGCAGAGCGUGCUAGCAACGCAGCAGAGCGUGCUAGCAACGCAGCAGAGCGUGCUAGCAACGCAGCAGAGCGUGCUAGCAACGCAGCUGAGCAUGCUAGCAACACAGCUGGGGGUGCUAGCAACGCAGCUGAGCGUGCUAGCAACGCAGCUGAGCGUGCUAGCAACGCAGCUGAGCGUGCUAGCAACGCAGCUGAGCGUGCUAGCAACGCAGCAGAGCGUGCUAGCAACGCAGCAGAGCGUGCUAGCAACGCAGCAGAGCGUGCUAGCAACGCAGCAGAGCGUGCUAGCAACGCAGCAGAGCGUGCUAGCAACGCAGCAGAGCGUGCUAGCAACGCAGCAGAGCGUGCUAGCAACGCAGCAGAGCGUGCUAGCAACGCAGCAGAGCGUGCUAGCAACGCAGCAGAGCGUGCUAGCAACGCAGCAGAGCGUGCUAGCAACGCAGCAGAGCGUGCUAGCAACGCAGCAGAGCGUGCUAGCAACGCAGCAGAGCGUGCUAGCAACGCAGCAGAGCGUGCUAGCAACGCAGCAGAGCGUGCUAGCAACGCAGCAGAGCGUGCUAGCAACGCAGCAGAGCGUGCUAGCAACGCAGCAGAGCGUGCUAGCAACGCAGCAGAGCGUGCUAGCAACGCAGCAGAGCGUGCUAGCAACGCAGCAGAGCGUGCUAGCAACGCAGCAGAGCAUGUUAGCAACGCAGCAGAGCGUGCUAGCAACGCAGCAGAGCGUGCUAGCAACGCAGCUGGGCGUGCUAGCAACGCAGCUGGGCGUGCUAGCAACGCAGCUGGGCGUGCUAGCAACGCAGCUGGGCGUGCUAGCAACGCAGCUGAGCGUGCUAGCAACGCAGCUGAGCGUGCUAGCAACGCAGCUGAGCGUGCUAGCAACGCAGCUGAGCGUGCUAGCAACGCAGCUGAGCGUGCUAGCAACGCAGCUGAGCGUGCUAGCAACGCAGCUGAGCGUGCUAGCAACGCAGCAGAGCGUGCUAGCAACGCAGCAGAGCGUGCUAGCAACGCAGCUGAGCGUGCUAGCAACGCAGCAGAGCGUGCUAGCAACGCAGCAGAGCGUGCUAGCAACGCAGCUGAGCGUGCUAGCAACGCAGCAGAGCGUGCUAGCAACGCAGCAGAGCGUGCUAGCAACGCAGCUGAGCGUGCUAGCAACGCAGCUGAGCGUGCUAGCAACGCAGCUGAGCGUGCUAGCAACGCAGCUGAGCGUGCUAGCAACGCAGCUGAGCGUGCUAGCAACGCAGCUGAGCGUGCUAGCAACGCAGCUGAGCGUGCUAGCAACGCAGCAGAGCGUGCUAGCAACGCAGCUGGGCGUGCUAGCAACGCAGCUGGGCGUGCUAGCAACGCAGCUGAGCGUGCUAGCAACGCAGCAGAGCGUGCUAGCAACGCAGCAGAGCGUGCUAGCAACGCAGCAGAGCGUGCUAGCAACGCAGCAGAGCGUGCUAGCAACGCAGCAGAGCGUGCUAGCAACGCAGCUGAGCGUGCUAGCAACGCAGCUGAGCGUGCUAGCAACGCAGCAGAGCGUGCUAGCAACGCAGCAGAGCAGCGUGCUAGCAACGCAGCAGAGCGUGCUAGCAACGCAGCAGAGCGUGCUAGCAACGCAGCAGAGCGUGCUAGCAACGCAGCAGAGCGUGCUAGCAACGCAGCUGAGCGUGCUAGCAACGCAGCUGAGCGUGCUAGCAACGCAGCUGGGCGUGCUAGCAACGCAGCUGAGCGUGCUAGCAACGCAGCUGAGCGUGCUAGCAACGCAGCUGAGCGUGCUAGCAACGCAGCAGAGCGUGCUAGCAACGCAGCAGAGCGUGCUAGCAACGCAGCAGAGCGUGCUAGCAACGCAGCAGAGCGUGCUAGCAACGCAGCAGAGCGUGCUAGCAACGCAGCAGAGCGUGCUAGCAACGCAGCAGAGCGUGCUAGCAACGCAGCAGAGCGUGCUAGCAACGCAGCAGAGCGUGCUAGCAACGCAGCAGAGCGUGCUAGCAACGCAGCAGAGCGUGCUAGCAACGCAGCAGAGCGUGCUAGCAACGCAGCAGAGCGUGCUAGCAACGCAGCAGAGCGUGCUAGCAACGCAGCAGAGCGUGCUAGCAACGCAGCAGAGCGUGCUAGCAACGCAGCAGAGCGUGCUAGCAACGCAGCAGAGCGUGCUAGCAACGCAGCAGAGCGUGCUAGCAACGCAGCAGAGCGUGCUAGCAACGCAGCAGAGCGUGCUAGCAACGCAGCAGAGCGUGCUAGCAACGCAGCAGAGCGUGCUAGCAACGCAGCAGAGCGUGCUAGCAACGCAGCAGAGCGUGCUAGCAACGCAGCAGAGCGUGCUAGCAACGCAGCUGGGCGUGCUAGCAACGCAGCUGAGCGUGCUAGCAACGCAGCUGAGCGUGCUAGCAACGCAGCUGGGCGUGCUAGCAACGCAGCUGAGCGUGCUAGCAACGCAGCUGAGCGUGCUAGCAACGCAGCAGAGCGUGCUAGCAACGCAGCUGGGCGUGCUAGCAACGCAGCUGAGCGUGCUAGCAACGCAGCUGAGCGUGCUAGCAACGCAGCUGAGCGUGCUAGCAACGCAGCUGGGCGUGCUAGCAACGCAGCUGGGCGUGCUAGCAACGCAGCAGAGCGUGCUAGCAACGCAGCAGAGCGUGCUAGCAACGCAGCUGAGCGUGCUAGCAACGCAGCUGAGCGUGCUAGCAACGCAGCUGAGCGUGCUAGCAACGCAGCUGAGCGUGCUAGCAACGCAGCUGAGCAGCGUGCUAGCAACGCAGCAGAGCGUGCUAGCAACGCAGCAGAGCGUGCUAGCAACGCAGCAGAGCGUGCUAGCAACGCAGCAGAGCGUGCUAGCAACGCAGCAGAGCGUGCUAGCAACGCAGCAGAGCGUGCUAGCAACGCAGCUGAGCGUGCUAGCAACGCAGCAGAGCGUGCUAGCAACGCAGCAGAGCGUGCUAGCAACGCAGCAGAGCGUGCUAGCAACGCAGCUGAGCGUGCUAGCAACGCAGCAGAGCGUGCUAGCAACGCAGCAGGGGGUGCUAGCAACGCAGCUGAGCGUGCUAGCAACGCAGCUGAGCGUGCUAGCAACGCAGCUGAGCGUGCUAGCAACGCAGCUGGGCGUGCUAGCAACGCAGCUGGGCGUGCUAGCAACGCAGCUGAGCGUGCUAGCAACGCAGCUGAGCGUGCUAGCAACGCAGCUGAGCGUGCUAGCAACGCAGCAGAGCGUGCUAGCAACGCAGCUGGGCGUGCUAGCAACGCAGCUGGGCGUGCUAGCAACGCAGCUGAGCGUGCUAGCAACGCAGCAGAGCGUGCUAGCAACGCAGCAGAGCGUGCUAGCAACGCAGCAGAGCGUGCUAGCAACGCAGCAGAGCGUGCUAGCAACGCAGCAGAGCGUGCUAGCAACGCAGCUGAGCGUGCUAGCAACGCAGCUGAGCGUGCUAGCAACGCAGCAGAGCGUGCUAGCAACGCAGCAGAGCAGCGUGCUAGCAACGCAGCAGAGCGUGCUAGCAACGCAGCAGAGCGUGCUAGCAACGCAGCAGAGCGUGCUAGCAACGCAGCAGAGCGUGCUAGCAACGCAGCUGAGCAUGCUAGCAACACAGCUGGGGGUGCUAGCAACGCAGCUGAGCGUGCUAGCAACGCAGCUGAGCGUGCUAGCAACGCAGCUGAGCGUGCUAGCAACGCAGCUGAGCGUGCUAGCAACGCAGCAGAGCGUGCUAGCAACGCAGCAGAGCGUGCUAGCAACGCAGCAGAGCGUGCUAGCAACGCAGCUGGGCGUGCUAGCAACGCAGCUGAGCGUGCUAGCAACGCAGCUGGGCGUGCUAGCAACGCAGCUGGGCGUUCUAGCAACGCAGCUGGGGGUUCUAGCAACGCAGCUGAGCGUGCUAGCAACGCAGCAGAGCGUGCUAGCAACGCAGCAGAGCGUGCUAGCAACGCAGCAGAGCGUGCUAGCAACGCAGCAGAGCGUGCUAGCAACGCAGCAGAGCGUGCUAGCAACGCAGCAGAGCGUGCUAGCAACGCAGCAGAGCGUGCUAGCAACGCAGCAGAGCGUGCUAGCAACGCAGCAGAGCGUGCUAGCAACGCAGCAGAGCGUGCUAGCAACGCAGCAGAGCGUGCUAGCAACGCAGCUGGGCGUGCUAGCAACGCAGCUGGGCGUGCUAGCAACGCAGCUGAGCGUGCUAGCGACGCAGCUGAGCGUGCUAGCGACGCAGCUGAGCGUGCUAGCAACGCAGCUGAGCGUGCUAGCAACGCAGCUGGGCGUGCUAGCAACGCAGCUGAGCGUGCUAGCAACGCAGCUGAGCGUGCUAGCAACGCAGCUGGGCGUGCUAGCAACGCAGCAGAGCGUGCUAGCAACGCAGCAGAGCGUGCUAGCAACGCAGCAGAGCGUGCUAGCAACGCAGCAGAGCGUGCUAGCAACGCAGCUGAGCGUGCUAGCAACGCAGCAGAGCGUGCUAGCAACGCAGCAGAGCGUGCUAGCAACGCAGCUGAGCGUGCUAGCAACGCAGCAGAGCGUGCUAGCAACGCAGCAGAGCGUGCUAGCAACGCAGCAGAGCGUGCUAGCAACGCAGCAGAGCGUGCUAGCAACGCAGCAGAGCGUGCUAGCAACGCAGCAGAGCGUGCUAGCAACGCAGCAGAGCGUGCUAGCAACGCAGCAGAGCGUGCUAGCAACGCAGCAGAGCGUGCUAGCAACGCAGCAGAGCGUGCUAGCAACGCAGCAGAGCGUGCUAGCAACGCAGCAGAGCGUGCUAGCAACGCAGCAGAGCGUGCUAGCAACGCAGCAGAGCGUGCUAGCAACGCAGCAGAGCGUGCUAGCAACGCAGCAGAGCGUGCUAGCAACGCAGCAGAGCGUGCUAGCAACGCAGCAGAGCGUGCUAGCAACGCAGCAGAGCGUGCUAGCAACGCAGCAGAGCGUGCUAGCAACGCAGCAGAGCGUGCUAGCAACGCAGCAGAGCGUGCUAGCAACGCAGCAGAGCGUGCUAGCAACGCAGCAGAGCGUGCUAGCAACGCAGCAGAGCGUGCUAGCAACGCAGCAGAGCGUGCUAGCAACGCAGCAGAGCGUGCUAGCAACGCAGCAGAGCGUGCUAGCAACGCAGCAGAGCGUGCUAGCAACGCAGCAGAGCGUGCUAGCAACGCAGCAGAGCGUGCUAGCAACGCAGCAGAGCGUGCUAGCAACGCAGCAGAGCGUGCUAGCAACGCAGCAGAGCGUGCUAGCAACGCAGCAGAGCGUGCUAGCAACGCAGCAGAGCGUGCUAGCAACGCAGCAGAGCGUGCUAGCAACGCAGCAGAGCGUGCUAGCAACGCAGCAGAGCGUGCUAGCAACGCAGCUGAGCGUGCUAGCAACGCAGCUGAGCGUGCUAGCAACGCAGCUGAGCGUGCUAGCAACGCAGCUGAGCGUGCUAGCAACGCAGCUGAGCGUGCUAGCAACGCAGCAGGGCGUGCUAGCAACGCAGCAGGUCGUGCUAGCAACGCAGCAGAGCGUGCUAGCAACGCAGCAGAGCGUGCUAGCAACGCAGCAGAGCGUGCUAGCAACGCAGCUGAGCGUGCUAGCAACGCAGCUGAGCGUGCUAGCAACGCAGCUGAGCGUGCUAGCAACGCAGCAGAGCGUGCUAGCAACGCAGCAGAGCGUGCUAGCAACGCAGCAGAGCGUGCUAGCAACGCAGCAGAGCGUGCUAGCAACGCAGCAGAGCGUGCUAGCAACGCAGCAGAGCGUGCUAGCAACGCAGCUGAGCGUGCUAGCAACGCAGCAGAGCGUGCUAGCAACGCAGCAGGGGGUGCUAGCAACGCAGCUGAGCGUGCUAGCAACGCAGCUGAGCGUGCUAGCAACGCAGCUGAGCGUGCUAGCAACGCAGCUGGGCGUGCUAGCAACGCAGCUGAGCGUGCUAGCAACGCAGCUGAGCGUGCUAGCAACGCAGCUGAGCGUGCUAGCAACGCAGCUGAGCGUGCUAGCAACGCAGCAGAGCGUGCUAGCAACGCAGCUGAGCGUGCUAGCAACGCAGCAGAGCGUGCUAGCAACGCAGCUGAGCGUGCUAGCAACGCAGCUGAGCGUGCUAGCAACGCAGCUGGGCGUGCUAGCAACGCAGCAGAGCGUGCUAGCAACGCAGCAGAGCGUGCUAGCAACGCAGCUGAGCGUGCUAGCAACGCAGCAGAGCGUGCUAGCAACGCAGCUGAGCGUGCUAGCAACGCAGCAGAGCGUGCUAGCAACGCAGCAGAGCGUGCUAGCAACGCAGCAGAGCGUGCUAGCAACGCAGCAGAGCGUGCUAGCAACGCAGCUGAGCGUGCUAGCAACGCAGCAGAGCGUGCUAGCAACGCAGCAGAGCGUGCUAGCAACGCAGCAGAGCGUGCUAGCAACGCAGCUGAGCGUGCUAGCAACGCAGCAGGGGGUGCUAGCAACGCAGCAGGGGGUGCUAGCAACGCAGCUGAGCGUGCUAGCAACGCAGCUGAGCGUGCUAGCAACGCAGCUGAGCGUGCUAGCAACGCAGCUGGGCGUGCUAGCAACGCAGCUGGGCGUGCUAGCAACGCAGCUGAGCGUGCUAGCAACGCAGCUGAGCGUGCUAGCAACGCAGCUGAGCGUGCUAGCAACGCAGCAGAGCGUGCUAGCAACGCAGCUGGGCGUGCUAGCAACGCAGCUGGGCGUGCUAGCAACGCAGCUGAGCGUGCUAGCAACGCAGCAGAGCGUGCUAGCAACGCAGCAGAGCGUGCUAGCAACGCAGCAGAGCGUGCUAGCAACGCAGCAGAGCGUGCUAGCAACGCAGCAGAGCGUGCUAGCAACGCAGCUGAGCGUGCUAGCAACGCAGCUGAGCGUGCUAGCAACGCAGCAGAGCGUGCUAGCAACGCAGCAGAGCAGCGUGCUAGCAACGCAGCAGAGCGUGCUAGCAACGCAGCAGAGCGUGCUAGCAACGCAGCAGAGCGUGCUAGCAACGCAGCAGAGCGUGCUAGCAACGCAGCUGAGCAUGCUAGCAACACAGCUGGGGGUGCUAGCAACGCAGCUGAGCGUGCUAGCAACGCAGCUGAGCGUGCUAGCAACGCAGCUGAGCGUGCUAGCAACGCAGCUGAGCGUGCUAGCAACGCAGCAGAGCGUGCUAGCAACGCAGCAGAGCGUGCUAGCAACGCAGCAGAGCGUGCUAGCAACGCAGCAGAGCGUGCUAGCAACGCAGCAGAGCGUGCUAGCAACGCAGCAGAGCGUGCUAGCAACGCAGCAGAGCGUGCUAGCAACGCAGCAGAGCGUGCUAGCAACGCAGCAGAGCGUGCUAGCAACGCAGCAGAGCGUGCUAGCAACGCAGCAGAGCGUGCUAGCAACGCAGCAGAGCGUGCUAGCAACGCAGCAGAGCGUGCUAGCAACGCAGCAGAGCGUGCUAGCAACGCAGCAGAGCGUGCUAGCAACGCAGCAGAGCGUGCUAGCAACGCAGCAGAGCGUGCUAGCAACGCAGCAGAGCGUGCUAGCAACGCAGCAGAGCGUGCUAGCAACGCAGCAGAGCGUGCUAGCAACGCAGCAGAGCGUGCUAGCAACGCAGCAGAGCGUGCUAGCAACGCAGCAGAGCGUGCUAGCAACGCAGCAGAGCGUGCUAGCAACGCAGCAGAGCGUGCUAGCAACGCAGCAGAGCGUGCUAGCAACGCAGCUGGGCGUGCUAGCAACGCAGCUGAGCGUGCUAGCAACGCAGCUGAGCGUGCUAGCAACGCAGCUGGGCGUGCUAGCAACGCAGCUGAGCGUGCUAGCAACGCAGCUGAGCGUGCUAGCAACGCAGCAGAGCGUGCUAGCAACGCAGCUGGGCGUGCUAGCAACGCAGCUGAGCGUGCUAGCAACGCAGCUGAGCGUGCUAGCAACGCAGCUGAGCGUGCUAGCAACGCAGCUGGGCGUGCUAGCAACGCAGCUGGGCGUGCUAGCAACGCAGCAGAGCGUGCUAGCAACGCAGCAGAGCGUGCUAGCAACGCAGCUGAGCGUGCUAGCAACGCAGCUGAGCGUGCUAGCAACGCAGCAGAGCGUGCUAGCAACGCAGCAGAGCGUGCUAGCAACGCAGCAGAGCGUGCUAGCAACGCAGCAGAGCGUGCUAGCAACGCAGCAGAGCGUGCUAGCAACGCAGCAGAGCGUGCUAGCAACGCAGCAGAGCGUGCUAGCAACGCAGCAGAGCGUGCUAGCAACGCAGCAGAGCGUGCUAGCAACGCAGCAGAGCGUGCUAGCAACGCAGCAGAGCGUGCUAGCAACGCAGCAGAGCGUGCUAGCAACGCAGCAGAGCGUGCUAGCAACGCAGCAGAGCGUGCUAGCAACGCAGCAGAGCGUGCUAGCAACGCAGCAGAGCGUGCUAGCAACGCAGCAGAGCGUGCUAGCAACGCAGCAGAGCGUGCUAGCAACGCAGCAGAGCGUGCUAGCAACGCAGCAGAGCGUGCUAGCAACGCAGCAGAGCGUGCUAGCAACGCAGCAGAGCGUGCUAGCAACGCAGCAGAGCGUGCUAGCAACGCAGCAGAGCGUGCUAGCAACGCAGCAGAGCGUGCUAGCAACGCAGCAGAGCGUGCUAGCAACGCAGCAGAGCGUGCUAGCAACGCAGCAGAGCGUGCUAGCAACGCAGCAGAGCGUGCUAGCAACGCAGCAGAGCGUGCUAGCAACGCAGCAGAGCGUGCUAGCAACGCAGCAGAGCGUGCUAGCAACGCAGCAGAGCGUGCUAGCAACGCAGCUGAGCGUGCUAGCAACGCAGCUGAGCGUGCUAGCAACGCAGCUGAGCGUGCUAGCAACGCAGCUGAGCGUGCUAGCAACGCAGCUGAGCGUGCUAGCAACGCAGCAGAGCGUGCUAGCAACGCAGCAGAGCGUGCUAGCAACGCAGCAGAGCGUGCUAGCAACGCAGCAGAGCGUGCUAGCAACGCAGCAGAGCGUGCUAGCAACGCAGCUGAGCGUGCUAGCAACGCAGCUGAGCGUGCUAGCAACGCAGCUGAGCGUGCUAGCAACGCAGCAGAGCGUGCUAGCAACGCAGCAGAGCGUGCUAGCAACGCAGCAGAGCGUGCUAGCAACGCAGCAGAGCGUGCUAGCAACGCAGCAGAGCGUGCUAGCAACGCAGCAGAGCGUGCUAGCAACGCAGCAGAGCGUGCUAGCAACGCAGCAGAGCGUGCUAGCAACGCAGCUGAGCGUGCUAGCAACGCAGCUGAGCGUGCUAGCAACGCAGCUGAGCGUGCUAGCAACGCAGCUGGGCGUGCUAGCAACGCAGCUGGGCGUGCUAGCAACGCAGCUGGGCGUGCUAGCAACGCAGCUGAGCGUGCUAGCAACGCAGCUGAGCGUGCUAGCAACGCAGCUGAGCGUGCUAGCAACGCAGCUGAGCGUGCUAGCAACGCAGCUGAGCGUGCUAGCAACGCAGCUGAGCGUGCUAGCAACGCAGCUGAGCGUGCUAGCAACGCAGCAGAGCGUGCUAGCAACGCAGCAGAGCGUGCUAGCAACGCAGCAGAGCGUGCUAGCAACGCAGCAGAGCGUGCUAGCAACGCAGCAGAGCGUGCUAGCAACGCAGCAGAGCGUGCUAGCAACGCAGCAGAGCGUGCUAGCAACGCAGCAGAGCGUGCUAGCAACGCAGCUGAGCGUGCUAGCAACGCAGCUGAGCGUGCUAGCAACGCAGCAGAGCGUGCUAGCAACGCAGCAGAGCGUGCUAGCAACGCAGCAGAGCGUGCUAGCAACGCAGCAGAGCGUGCUAGCAACGCAGCAGAGCGUGCUAGCAACGCAGCAGAGCGUGCUAGCAACGCAGCAGAGCGUGCUAGCAACGCAGCAGAGCGUGCUAGCAACGCAGCAGAGCGUGCUAGCAACGCAGCAGAGCGUGCUAGCAACGCAGCUGAGCGUGCUAGCAACGCAGCUGAGCGUGCUAGCAACGCAGCUGAGCGUGCUAGCAACGCAGCUGAGCGUGCUAGCAACGCAGCUGAGCGUGCUAGCAACGCAGCUGGGCGUGCUAGCAACGCAGCUGGGCGUGCUAGCAACGCAGCUGAGCGUGCUAGCAACGCAGCAGAGCGUGCUAGCAACGCAGCAGAGCGUGCUAGCAACGCAGCAGAGCGUGCUAGCAACGCAGCUGAGCGUGCUAGCAACGCAGCUGAGCGUGCUAGCAACGCAGCUGAGCGUGCUAGCAACGCAGCUGAGCGUGCUAGCAACGCAGCAGAGCGUGCUAGCAACGCAGCAGAGCGUGCUAGCAACGCAGCAGAGCGUGCUAGCAACGCAGCAGAGCGUGCUAGCAACGCAGCAGAGCGUGCUAGCAACGCAGCAGAGCGUGCUAGCAACGCAGCAGAGCGUGCUAGCAACGCAGCAGAGCGUGCUAGCAACGCAGCAGAGCGUGCUAGCAACGCAGCAGAGCGUGCUAGCAACGCAGCAGAGCGUGCUAGCAACGCAGCAGAGCGUGCUAGCAACGCAGCAGAGCGUGCUAGCAACGCAGCUGAGCGUGCUAGCAACGCAGCUGAGCGUGCUAGCAACGCAGCUGGGCGUGCUAGCAACGCAGCUGAGCGUGCUAGCAACGCAGCUGAGCGUGCUAGCAACGCAGCUGAGCGUGCUAGCAACGCAGCUGAGCGUGCUAGCAACGCAGCUGAGCGUGCUAGCAACGCAGCUGAGCGUGCUAGCAACGCAGCUGAGCGUGCUAGCAACGCAGCUGAGCGUGCUAGCAACGCAGCUGAGCGUGCUAGCAACGCAGCUGAGCGUGCUAGCAACGCAGCAGAGCGUGCUAGCAACGCAGCAGAGCGUGCUAGCAACGCAGCAGAGCGUGCUAGCAACGCAGCAGAGCGUGCUAGCAACGCAGCAGAGCGUGCUAGCAACGCAGCAGAGCGUGCUAGCAACGCAGCAGAGCGUGCUAGCAACGCAGCAGAGCGUGCUAGCAACGCAGCAGAGCGUGCUAGCAACGCAGCAGAGCGUGCUAGCAACGCAGCAGAGCGUGCUAGCAACGCAGCAGAGCGUGCUAGCAACGCAGCUGAGCGUGCUAGCAACGCAGCAGAGCGUGCUAGCAACGCAGCAGAGCGUGCUAGCAACGCAGCAGAGCGUGCUAGCAACGCAGCAGAGCGUGCUAGCAACGCAGCAGAGCGUGCUAGCAACGCAGCAGAGCGUGCUAGCAACGCAGCAGAGCGUGCUAGCGACGCAGCAGAGCGUGCUAGCAACGCAGCAGAGCGUGCUAGCAACGCAGCAGAGCGUGCUAGCAACGCAGCAGAGCGUGCUAGCAACGCAGCAGAGCGUGCUAGCAACGCAGCAGAGCGUGCUAGCAACGCAGCAGAGCGUGCUAGCAACGCAGCAGAGCGUGCUAGCAACGCAGCAGAGCGUGCUAGCAACGCAGCAGAGCGUGCUAGCAACGCAGCAGAGCGUGCUAGCAACGCAGCAGAGCGUGCUAGCAACGCAGCAGAGCGUGCUAGCAACGCAGCAGAGCGUGCUAGCAACGCAGCUGAGCGUGCUAGCAACGCAGCAGAGCGUGCUAGCAACGCAGCAGAGCGUGCUAGCAACGCAGCUGAGCGUGCUAGCAACGCAGCUGAGCGUGCUAGCAACGCAGCAGAGCGUGCUAGCAACGCAGCAGAGCGUGCUAGCAACGCAGCAGAGCGUGCUAGCAACGCAGCAGAGCGUGCUAGCAACGCAGCAGAGCGUGCUAGCAACGCAGCAGAGCGUGCUAGCAACGCAGCAGAGCGUGCUAGCAACGCAGCAGAGCGUGCUAGCAACGCAGCAGAGCGUGCUAGCAACGCAGCAGAGCGUGCUAGCAACGCAGCAGAGCGUGCUAGCAACGCAGCAGAGCGUGCUAGCAACGCAGCUGAGCGUGCUAGCAACGCAGCUGAGCGUGCUAGCAACGCAGCUGAGCGUGCUAGCAACGCAGCUGAGCGUGCUAGCAACGCAGCUGAGCGUGCUAGCAACGCAGCUGAGCGUGCUAGCAACGCAGCUGAGCGUGCUAGCAACGCAGCAGAGCGUGCUAGCAACGCAGCAGAGCGUGCUAGCAACGCAGCAGAGCGUGCUAGCAACGCAGCAGAGCGUGCUAGCAACGCAGCAGAGCGUGCUAGCAACGCAGCAGAGCGUGCUAGCAACGCAGCAGAGCGUGCUAGCAACGCAGCAGAGCGUGCUAGCAACGCAGCAGAGCGUGCUAGCAACGCAGCAGAGCGUGCUAGCAACGCAGCAGAGCGUGCUAGCAACGCAGCAGAGCGUGCUAGCAACGCAGCAGAGCGUGCUAGCAACGCAGCAGAGCGUGCUAGCAACGCAGCAGAGCGUGCUAGCAACGCAGCAGAGCGUGCUAGCAACGCAGCAGAGCGUGCUAGCAACGCAGCAGAGCGUGCUAGCAACGCAGCAGAGCGUGCUAGCAACGCAGCAGAGCGUGCUAGCAACGCAGCAGAGCGUGCUAGCAACGCAGCAGAGCGUGCUAGCAACGCAGCAGAGCGUGCUAGCAACGCAGCAGAGCGUGCUAGCAACGCAGCAGAGCGUGCUAGCGACGCAGCAGAGCGUGCUAGCAACGCAGCAGAGCGUGCUAGCAACGCAGCAGAGCGUGCUAGCAACGCAGCAGAGCGUGCUAGCAACGCAGCUGAGCGUGCUAGCAACGCAGCUGAGCGUGCUAGCAACGCAGCUGAGCGUGCUAGCAACGCAGCUGAGCGUGCUAGCAACGCAGCUGAGCGUGCUAGCAACGCAGCUGAGCGUGCUAGCAACGCAGCUGAGCGUGCUAGCAACGCAGCUGAGCGUGCUAGCAACGCAGCUGAGCGUGCUAGCAACGCAGCUGAGCGUGCUAGCAACGCAGCUGAGCGUGCUAGCAACGCAGCUGAGCGUGCUAGCAACGCAGCUGAGCGUGCUAGCAACGCAGCAGAGCGUGCUAGCAACGCAGCAGAGCGUGCUAGCAACGCAGCAGAGCGUGCUAGCAACGCAGCAGAGCGUGCUAGCAACGCAGCAGAGCGUGCUAGCAACGCAGCAGAGCGUGCUAGCAACGCAGCAGAGCGUGCUAGCAACGCAGCAGAGCGUGCUAGCAACGCAGCAGAGCGUGCUAGCAACGCAGCAGAGCGUGCUAGCAACGCAGCAGAGCGUGCUAGCAACGCAGCUGAGCGUGCUAGCAACGCAGCAGAGCGUGCUAGCAACGCAGCUGAGCGUGCUAGCAACGCAGCUGAGCGUGCUAGCAACGCAGCAGAGCGUGCUAGCAACGCAGCAGAGCGUGCUAGCAACGCAGCAGAGCGUGCUAGCAACGCAGCAGAGCGUGCUAGCAACGCAGCAGAGCGUGCUAGCAACGCAGCAGAGCGUGCUAGCAACGCAGCAGAGCGUGCUAGCAACGCAGCAGAGCGUGCUAGCAACGCAGCAGAGCGUGCUAGCAACGCAGCAGAGCGUGCUAGCAACGCAGCAGAGCGUGCUAGCAACGCAGCAGAGCGUGCUAGCAACGCAGCAGAGCGUGCUAGCAACGCAGCUGAGCGUGCUAGCAACGCAGCUGAGCGUGCUAGCAACGCAGCUGAGCGUGCUAGCAACGCAGCAGAGCGUGCUAGCAACGCAGCAGAGCGUGCUAGCAACGCAGCUGAGCGUGCUAGCAACGCAGCAGAGCGUGCUAGCAACGCAGCAGAGCGUGCUAGCAACGCAGCAGAGCGUGCUAGCAACGCAGCAGAGCGUGCUAGCAACGCAGCAGAGCGUGCUAGCAACGCAGCAGAGCGUGCUAGCAACGCAGCAGAGCGUGCUAGCAACGCAGCAGAGCGUGCUAGCAACGCAGCAGAGCGUGCUAGCAACGCAGCAGAGCGUGCUAGCAACGCAGCAGAGCGUGCUAGCAACGCAGCAGAGCGUGCUAGCAACGCAGCAGAGCGUGCUAGCAACGCAGCAGAGCGUGCUAGCGACGCAGCAGAGCGUGCUAGCGACGCAGCAGAGCGUGCUAGCAACGCAGCAGAGCGUGCUAGCAACGCAGCAGAGCGUGCUAGCAACGCAGCAGAGCGUGCUAGCAACGCAGCAGAGCGUGCUAGCAACGCAGCAGAGCGUGCUAGCAACGCAGCUGGGCGUGCUAGCAACGCAGCUGAGCGUGCUAGCAACGCAGCUGAGCGUGCUAGCAACGCAGCUGAGCGUGCUAGCAACGCAGCUGAGCGUGCUAGCAACGCAGCUGAGCGUGCUAGCAACGCAGCUGAGCGUGCUAGCAACGCAGCUGAGCGUGCUAGCAACGCAGCUGAGCGUGCUAGCAACGCAGCUGAGCGUGCUAGCAACGCAGCUGAGCGUGCUAGCAACGCAGCAGAGCGUGCUAGCAACGCAGCAGAGCGUGCUAGCAACGCAGCAGAGCGUGCUAGCAACGCAGCAGAGCGUGCUAGCAACGCAGCAGAGCGUGCUAGCAACGCAGCAGAGCGUGCUAGCAACGCAGCAGAGCGUGCUAGCAACGCAGCAGAGCGUGCUAGCAACGCAGCUGAGCGUGCUAGCAACGCAGCAGAGCGUGCUAGCAACGCAGCAGAGCGUGCUAGCAACGCAGCAGAGCGUGCUAGCAACGCAGCAGAGCGUGCUAGCAACGCAGCAGAGCGUGCUAGCAACGCAGCAGAGCGUGCUAGCAACGCAGCAGAGCGUGCUAGCAACGCAGCAGAGCGUGCUAGCAACGCAGCAGAGCGUGCUAGCAACGCAGCAGAGCGUGCUAGCAACGCAGCAGAGCGUGCUAGCAACGCAGCAGAGCGUGCUAGCAACGCAGCAGAGCGUGCUAGCAACGCAGCAGAGCGUGCUAGCAACGCAGCUGAGCGUGCUAGCAACGCAGCUGAGCGUGCUAGCAACGCAGCUGAGCGUGCUAGCAACGCAGCAGAGCGUGCUAGCAACGCAGCUGAGCGUGCUAGCAACGCAGCUGAGCGUGCUAGCAACGCAGCUGAGCGUGCUAGCAACGCAGCUGAGCGUGCUAGCAACGCAGCAGAGCGUGCUAGCAACGCAGCAGAGCGUGCUAGCAACGCAGCAGAGCGUGCUAGCAACGCAGCAGAGCGUGCUAGCAACGCAGCAGAGCGUGCUAGCAACGCAGCAGAGCGUGCUAGCAACGCAGCAGAGCGUGCUAGCAACGCAGCUGAGCGUGCUAGCAACGCAGCUGAGCGUGCUAGCAACGCAGCUGAGCGUGCUAGCAACGCAGCAGAGCGUGCUAGCAACGCAGCAGAGCGUGCUAGCAACGCAGCAGAGCGUGCUAGCAACGCAGCAAAACCUUUAGCCUCGGUGCACGCAUGGAACGUGCUGCGCCUGGCCUUCCACGACACGCACCUCGCUGCCGACACCUCCGCCUUCUGCUCCCCGGCUCUCCAAGCCGCCGUCGCCGCCGCGCGCUCGCCGCACUGGGAGGUGCGGAAUGCGGGCGGGCUGUGCCUGGUGGCGCUGCUGCACCGCAUGCUGGGCUUUAAGAACGUGCCGCGGGCGGGGAGGCCGUGGGCGCGGGAGCAGGUGGUGUGCAAGCAGACGGCGCGGCAGAGCAUGACGGCUGUGGAGUUCUUCCUGCGAUACCCUGACCUGCACGCCUUCUUCCUCCGACACCUUCGUGAGGCCACACUCGCCUUCCUCCCACCUGCUCAGCACCCCCCUGCUGAGCAACCCCCUGCUGAUCUACCCGACCCGCCUGCUGACGAUUCCCCCACCUCCACCGCCACUGCCACCGCCACCACCUCCGCUUCGUCCGCCUCCUCUUCCCCCACCUCCUCCCAGCCGCUGCACCCGGCCCUGGCACCCGCGCUCAUCCUGCUGUCGCGCCUCAAGCCCUCCACCCUGACCUCCCCCUCGCCCUCCUCCUUCCUCUCCCCCUCUGCCUUCGUGCCGCACGUCUCGCUCUGCGCUGCCCACCCCCGCAUGCACGUCCGAGAGCUCGCUGCCCGCGCACUCGUGCCCAUUGUGGCCUCCACGGAAGUUUUUGGGAUGCUUCUAAAGCUGGCUCGCAGUCUCCCUGACGAGUGGGGAAGGAGGGGUGGGCUGGGUGGGAUGGUUGGAGGUGAGGGGGGAAGAAGUGAGAAGGGAAGUCAGAAGGGUAGUGAGAAGGUAACGGAUAAGGAAUAUGACAAGGGAGGUGACAGUGGGGGUGGAAGAGAGGGUGAAGCAGUGGGGAACAACGUGGGUGCAGCAAUGGGGUACAAUGCAGUGCAUGGUGUGCUGCUGCACAUGCGCCACCUGCUUGCUGCCUACUGGGUUGCCGGCAGCACAGGCCAGCAGCAGCAGCAGCAGCAGCAGCAACAGCAGCAGCAGCAGCAGCAGCAGCAGCAGCAGCAGCAGCAGCAGCAGCAGCAGCAGCAGCAGCAGCAGCAGCAGCAGGGGGAAGGCGAGGCGAGCAGCAGGGCAGCAGACGUGCAGGAGGUGGUGCAGGCGCUGCAGCAGCGGCGCUGGUUGGGCGAUCCGCACUUGUGCUGCUGCCCCUCCGUGGUCGCAGAGUAUCUCACCGUCUCCCACCUCCUCCUCUCCUCCGCCCUCCACUCCUCCCCUCCCCUCUCCGCCCUCCUCUCCUCCGCCCUCCACUCCUCCACCUCCCUGUCCUCCCCUCCUCUCUCCACCCCUCUCCCCACCGCCCGGCCCCACUCCUCACCCCCUCUCACCCCAAUCGUGCACGCCACAGCAGCCGCCUUUCUCCCGCUCGCCCUGCGUGCCUUCUCCUUCCACCCGCCUCUCCGCUUCACCAUUCUUGACCCCACAGCACUCGCACUCAGGCAAACCGCCGCGUCACUGCUGCUCUCCCCAGAAGCUGUGUGCCUGGCAGGCCGAGGCCUUUGGGAGGGGCUGGGUGCGGUGGAGGGGGAUACGGGGGGAGAAGCAGGGGUGGGAGAGGGCGGGGUGUGCAGCAGUGCGGGUGUGUUCUGGCAGGUGGUGCUAGCGGCAGUGCAAGAACCCUGUAGAGACGUGCAACUCUCCGCCCUCCGCUCCCUCUCGCACCUCCUCGCCUCCCCUCGCUUGCUCGCGCCGCUGCUGCCACCGCUCCACACCGUGCCACACCGCAACAGCAGCAGCAAGGGCGGUGUAGGGGCAGUGCUGCUGGCAGUGGUGCAGGGGUUGCAGCAGGAGAGGCGGGCACAGGGGCGGGACGAGAUGAGGUGCCGGCGGCUGCUCAAGGUGCUGCUGCCCGCACUCUCCCUGCCCUCCCUGCAGCCCCUCCUGCUGCCCUUGCUGCCUCAAGCCCUGCUGCCCGCGAUAGCACCAGUGGCAGGGACAGCAGAGGAGAGGCAACCUGGCGGCCCCUCCCACGAGCCUGACAGCACUGCAGCGAGCUGCGAUGGGAGUGGGUGUGCAGCGCUGUGGGCGGUGGUGCUGGAGGUAUUUGAGACGGCGCGCGUGCUGAAAACGAGGGAGGCGGCACUGAGGUGCCUGGGGCACUGCUUCCGCCUGCUGCUCUCCCACCAUGGCCGGGUGGACGGGUGUGGAGGGAAGCGGGAGGAGGAGGAGAACCCACAGCCUGAACAACAACAGCAGCAGCAGGAGGGCGCGAAGCAGUCACUGGAGGGGCUGUUGACUUCAGGAGACUUCUCCCUGGGCCAGGGCAGGGGCACGGGGAACCUGCUGCAGCUGGCUGCCACGUGGCUGCAGCUGAUUGGCGAGCAGAGCGCGGCGCACCGGCCUGUGAGUGUGCGGCGAGCGGCAGCAGAGGCAGUGGUGUCGUCUGGACUGCUGCUGGAGGUGGGUAGAGUGGGGCACGUGCUGCGCUGUGAAGCACAGGGUGUGGAGGGAGAUGAGGGAAAAGAGGGAGAGGAGGGUGGGGAAGGAGGGGAGGGUGCAGUGAUGGAGUAUGCAAGGGUGGUGCUGCGUGCAUGGCUGACAGUGAUUCGAGUGAUGGAGGAUGAAGAUGAGACGCUCCGCAAGUCCCUCGCCACUGCCGUGCUCACCAUCACCACCACCGCCACUACUGCUGCUAACUCUGCACACCCACACGCACCAUCCACUAGAGCAGCAGUGUCAUCGGACUUUGUGCCAGCCCAGGUGGAGAGGGCAGUGGAGGCAGCGUUGGCACACGUGUCGCUGUGCCUGCGCACCUGCCCGCCCUCCCUGCUGCCCGCUCACCUUGCUGCCUGGGUGUUGCACCCGGACUUUGUGUCCCCCUCGGGCUUCCAGCGCCUCUCUGCCUUGGACCGCCUGGGAGAUGAGCUGGUGGGUGAGGAGGAUGAGCAGCAGGAGGAGGAGCAGGAGCAGGAGCAGGAGCAGGAGGAAGAGGAGAGUGGAGUGGGGAGUGAGAGGAGGGAUGGGGAAGCGAGAGCAAGUGCAUCAGGUGCAGCAGUAGGAGCAGCAAGGGCAGGGCGGGAAGCAGUGCCGGGGUUUGUGCGCAAGCUGUUUGACAGGGAGGUGGAUAACCACCAUGAGGAGCCGCUGCUGCUGGCGCACCUCUGCUGCCUGCACCUGCACCACGCACUGCAGCAAUGCCCGCCCUCCCCCGCGCUCCUCAAAACCAUCACCACCUGGAAGCUGGUCUUUGCAAAGAGGUUUUUCACCGAGGCUGCCCAAGCUGCCCGGCUGUGCAAGUCGAUGAAAUGGGUGGGCGGGCCGACGUUUCACCAGGACUCUUUUUCUGCCCUGAUUCGGCCGCUGCUGGGGUUGUGGGCGCUUAGCAAAGUGUCGUUCGCAGGGGCUAGGCGUGCCGAGUGUCUCCCACUGGGUUGGAGAAAUAAGAGCAGAGAAGAGAUCAAGAAGCAGUGUGGUGAGAGUAGCAGUGGGGAUGGGAGUGAGUGCACGGCAGCAGCGAGUGGGUCACAAACAGCAGACACGGAUGCGGAGAGGUCAAGGAAGCUGAUCAAGGCAGCUGCGAGGAAGCUGCAGGAGAUGCCAGUGAAUCCCAUCCUGCAGAGUGUGCUCUCAGAUGUGAUACAGGCGAAUGGUAAUGCUGAUGCUGGUGGGGAGGGGGUGAGAUGGGAGAAGGAUGUGCUGUGGUCUGAUCCGCUUUUCCUCUUGCAUGCACAGUCCUACGGCAUGGAUGGCGUGGCGGUGAUCACGCUGGGCGGCAAGGUGCAGCACGGGCUGAAACACGUCGAGGUGUUCAUGAUGACGUUCGCACCUGGUGCCAAGACGCCCAUCCACUCGCACCCGCAGGAGGAGGUGGUGGUGUUCACGCGAGGCGAGGGCAAGGUGUGGGUGGUGGAGGAGAAGAAGACAGAGCCGUCCGCCCAUGCAGUCAAGCGCAACACCACCGUCACCUUCCAACCCAAGGCCCUGCACCAGAUUGUGAACGACGGCGCAGAGGAGCUGCAGCUGAUAGCGUCCUACUCCAAGCCGCCCCACAAGAUGGCAGUGCACGCCACGUGGCACACCCCCCGCAAGGACGCUGAGAGCGCCGGCCGCGCGGCGUGGGACGCGUGUGUGGUGCGCGAGGGCGAGGGGGGUGAGGCGGUGGAGGGGGAGAGAGGAGAGGCGGAGAGGAAGCCAGGGGGUGUUGAGACAGCUGCUAGUGGGGAGGCUGGUACUGGUGCAGCGGCUGGAGGGAAUGUGGUGGUAGAGGAUGCGACUUUGAGGGCAGAGGAGGAGGAGCUGAGAAGGGAAGAGGGUGGAAGAGGGGAGGAGGUAGCAGGGUCCUCACAGGAGGUGAAGGAUGAGCUGUAG